UAAGUCAGUUUCCCAGCAAUCCGCAGAUGAGCUAGAGCUAACCUAUGCAGACUUCUGUGGUAUUCGCCUCCUUCCUCUUCCUCUUCUUCACCAUAGCCAUCUCAUCUUCAAAUCAUGCUGCAACCCAAAAUGACUGUAUGUUACCAUCAAAUAGGUGCAGAGAUGAUGGUCCUGACAUUCGAUUUCCUUUCUGGAUAAAGGGCCGGCAGCCCGAGCACUGCGGCUAUCCCGGCUUCGCGGUAUCUUGCACAGCCACGAGCGAAACUGUGUUGGAGCUGCCAUUUUCGGGUUCGUUCUUUAUAGGGAACAUUAACUAUGCAUCACAGACAGUGAGUCUAUAUGACCCAGAUGGCUGCCUUCCUCAAAAGCUUCUUCAUCUCAAUUUAUCUGCCUCUCCCUUUCUUAAUAAGGUAUCUAAUCAACAAGCUUAUUAUGCUGAGGGUACUCAGGAACGUGUGAUCAGUUUCGUCAAUUGUUCACCAACAGAACCGGAACGGGAUAUUAAUGGCGAUGGGCAGCUGAUUUCCUGCCUUGGCGUCUCUGCAGGGCACCAAGUUUAUGCCUUCUUCUCAGAUCUAUCUCUAUCAUAUCUACCCUUGUCUUUUUGUGAAAAAAUUAAGACCAUCUCUUAUCUAAAGCCAAUGGAUCCGGUCUGGUUCUAUGAAUUGUUUGUCCCAGAUUCUAAUCUCCUACUGAGUUGGUCCCAGCCAUGGUGUGGAAGUUGUGAAGCAGAGGGAAGAUAUUGCAGAUUGAAGAACAACACCAACAGAAGUGGACCUGAAAGUACUGAAUGCUAUAGCCUCCCCAAAUCUCCUUCAUCACUAGCCUUAGAUGCAUCUGCGAAGAAAGUUCUUACAGGCGUAACCACAGGCUUCUUUCUUCUUGUUGUGGCAAUAAUGGUGUCCUUCAAACGCUACCGUGACUACAAAUCAGAUAAAAUUGAAAAAGAGAACCAAGUAAGAAUUCUAAAGUUCUUAGAUGACUACAAAACCCUCAAGCCCUCAAGGUACACAUUUGCUGACAUUAAGAGGAUUACAAAUCAAUUUAAGGAAAAGUUGGGAGAAGGCGGUUAUGGUAGUGUGUACAAAGGAAAGCUUUCCAAUGAAAUUCUAGUUGCUGUUAAGGUCUUUAACAAUUCCACUGGAGAUGGAGAGGACUUUAUUAAUGAAGUUGGCACCAUUGGUAGGAUUCAUCACAUAAAUGUGGUGCGUCUAGUUGGUUUCUGUGCAGAUGGAUAUAGACGAGCUCUUGUCUAUGAAUUUUUGCCAAAUGAGUCACUAGAGAAGUUUAUCUUUUCGAGAGAUACCAAGAGACCACACCUUGGUUGGGAGAAACUUCAAGAUAUAGCUACUGGCAUAGCCAAAGGAAUAGAAUACCUUCAUCAAGGAUGUGAACUGCGUAUACUUCACUUUGAUAUUAAACCACAUAAUAUCUUAUUAGAUGAAAACUUCAACCCUAAGGUAUCUGAUUUCGGUCUUGCAAAAUUAUUUUCUAAGGACGAGAGUGCCAUUUCCAUGACUGCAGCAAGAGGGACAAUAGGAUAUAUUGCCCCUGAAGUGUUUUCUAGGAACUUUGGUCAUGUUUCUCAUAAAUCAGAUGUUUAUAGUUUUGGAAUAAUGUUACUUGAAAUGGUUGGUGGUAGAAAGAACAUUGACAGCACUGUCGAGAACACUAGCCAAGUUUACUUUUCCCAAUGGAUCUAUAAUCAUCUGAGUCAUGGGAAAGAAUUGGAAAUCAGGAUAGAUGAAGAUGGAGAUGCUGGCAUUGCUAAGAAGCUCACAAUUGUCGCACUUUGGUGUAUUCAGUGGUACCCAGUUGAUCGCCCUUCAAUGAAAGUAGUGGUUCAGAUGUUGGAAGCAGACAUAGAGAGCUUGAUCAUGCCACCUAAUCCUUUCGACUCUACAAUGUGUUUAGAUACUAAUGUUGCAAAUAGUGGAAGACCCCUCUGCACGAAGUUACCGAUCAUCUCUGAAUAAGGGUGUGCACAAUAUGUUGUUGUUGUCUUCUUUAUUGAUAUAGUUGAUUAGCAUUGAUAAACUUCUACCCAUCACUCAUUUCAGCCAUUGUGUUUCAGGAGCCUGUUUUUU